UAAGAUCCCGAGAAACUGUGUCGACAACUCAUACCUGUCAGACGCACAAUUAAAUAAAUCCUACUGUAAAACUAGUAGAUGGCGCGCAGCGCGCUGUCUUCGUCCUUGACGUCACGGUGGUGAUGAUGGCAUCGCGAGUUACAGAUUGCGGAGUUGCCUAUUCGGGCUUGCGUCAUACCCCAAUUCUGAGAAUACAGGGAAUAAGUUUCCUUGGUUGCAGGUUGGUUGGUGCGACGAAUUUUAUUUUUCGUGUUUUUUCCGGGAUAUUGCGAAAUUUAACCUGUCCUUGUUGCUUUUAUUUAUAAAAGAAAGAAAAUGAAUAAAGCUGGCCCUGGACCACCUCCUUAUGCAGGAGGAGCUGCAUAUUCUACUUAUGUGCCUCCCCCUGCUGCCCCUCCUAGUUACUCUCAAGCUGUGGGUGGAGUACCACCAUCAAGUCCUUUUAUUCCUCCAACUCAAUCAAUUCAUGGGGGACCAACUAUUGUAACAACAGUGGUACCUGUAGGACCUCAGGCCACUCAUAUGAUAUGCCCUUACUGUCAAGCUGAAGUUGACACCGCAACUAGGACAGAGCCAGGAUUGAUAGCUUAUCUGUCAGGAAUAGUAAUUGCUAUAUUAGGAUGCUGGUUAGGAUGCUGCCUCAUCCCCUGCUGCAUCCCUGAGUGUAUGGACGUGCAUCAUUCAUGCCCGAACUGCAAGGCUUAUUUGGGUCGUUAUCGCCGAUAAAAAGAGGCAAUAUUGUCAGUUUACAUACAUCAGAAAGAUCUAAGAGUACUGAAGUUGCACAUCAUACCUGUUUUGCUUCAAAAGUUUUUCAAUUUAUUCCCACUAUAUGUUUUCUAACGAUAUGUUACUAUUUGACAGGAGACUUAGCAUGUGGUCUUAUUGUUUAAUUAAGAAGUUGAAUGGAUGUGUUACGUACUUUUGAGACAAAAGUCAUUAAAUAAUUAUUUUUAUUAUGUUUUAUAGAUGAUGUAAUUAUUACUAAUUUUCACUGUAAAUAUUCAAUUAUUGCUUUAAGUGAAUAUUUGUGCAAUAUAUAUUUACAAGAGCUUGAGCUACUACUAGAAAGGUAAGGGUUGCGAAACUGGAACUACAAUCAUGAAUGUAGAAAGAAACCAUUACGAUGAACAGUAAACUCUCAUUUGUUCAGAUCUUGGUGCUAUGACAGUCUGUGGAAAGGCAAAAAAAGUGUAUGUGGAGGGGUGAGUGUAAAAAUAGCAAUGUGUAUUAUUGUAUUGUACAAUACUUUAUGAUUAUGGUAAGUAUUUUGGGAUGAUCGAUAAAUUACUUUUUCCGAUUUUUGACAUGUCACGGAUUUUUCUGAUAACCACGUUCCUAGCAUAAAAUUUUUCCCACAAUUUUGGGAAAAAAAGUGACAUAGAUCAUUGUAUACUACAUUUUAAUGUUUGGGUGACAUUCUUUGGUAUGGAGAGAAUGCAGGCCAGUCUGUUCAAUCAAGAGUCUACUGUAAUUGGUUUUGGUUUGGCAUGUCCAAGGAGGUGGGGCAGUGGGAGCAACUUGCCCUUGGCUGUGAUCUAAUAGGGGCCCUGAACUAAUAAUAUUUAUUCAAAAACAUAUCAAAAAUGAUGUUAUUUUUCAAUUUUCCUGAGUGAAAAUCUAGUAUAAUUAAAAUCUUAAAAUAAUGGAAAUCUGAAUGUUGUAUUAUAUUAUAUUAUAUUAGAUAUCUUUUGUUUUGUAAAUAAGGGUCCCCCAUUGAUCUUCUGCCCCAGACUUCUCUCUGAACACCUAAUACGAUUUAUUUUAUAGUGGAAAGAAUGUAUUUAUUUUCCACUCAAUACAAACAUUUUAAGCAAUAUAGAAAGUUUGUGAAGAGAAAUUUACUUGACAUAUCUUUUGAUAACAGUGAGUAAAUGUUUCAUUUAAUGUAAAAAAUAUCUGCUGUAAGCAAGGGCAUUCCUACAUGUAUAAAAUAUAUUAAUUCUAUUGUGUACUGAAGGAUUUAAUUGGCCAGUAGUACACAGCUUUUGGGGACACUAGUUUCUCUGUGUUUGAGUUAAUGCUGUAAAUUCAUAUUUGUGAAAUAAAGUAGAAAAAUAUAUGUGAUCAGUAGUUUUAAUAGUUGUGCAUAAGCAAUAAACAAUCUUAAAUUUUUGUAAAUUAAAUAGACGAAGGUGAAAGGAUUGAAGUAUUCAAAAAACAAAACCAAAGUAGGAGAAGUAAUAUGUAAAGUUUGGUCUUCUGUUCUAAAAAUUAACAUUGUGUGUAACUUUCACACCAUGUGGUAACUUUUUGAGUUUUUCAUCCAUGUAGGGUGAACGAUAUUGUCUUUACUUAUGAGGAACACAAAAGUCUUAAAAAGUUAUAUUUUCGAAUUUUUAAGUAAAUUCUUAACUUUUUUUGCUGCGUCUUUUUAUGACCAUAAUGCUUGUUUUUUGUCAACAGUGAUUUUGAAACCUUUUAUUUUAAUAUAACAUUAUUUGCCAUUUACAAUAAUUAUAUCAUCUAAAUUUUUUUUUCUUUGACUUAAAAAUGAAUGCUCAUAAUGCUUUUAUAUUAUAAAUAAAUUGCAUUUAAUAAUAAAAAAAAAGAUAUUUUGCUGAUGCUUUGAAGAGCAAGCUAGGAAUUUAAGAUUAACCCUUUAAUCAAUAAGCAUGUUUAAUUUAGUAAAUAUGUCUUGUGUUAAGUAAUGAAGUUCAUUUUUCAUUUUUUUGAGACAUUUAGUGACAUUUAAUACCUAAUUGAUGCUUCAUAGUUACAAAAUUUGAAUCAUCACUUUGUUUUAUCACUCUUGCUAGCACGAUAAGCAGUUAGAAAUAUUUUUUGAAAGUGUAUAGUUAAUAUAUUUAAAUAUGUAAGAGAACAAUUCAGUUGUAUUUAACUGUUUAACGUAUUCUCACAUUUGAUUACAUGAUAUGAGAAUGUGAAUAUGAGAAAUGUACAUUUAUAUGUGUGUAUGGGUAUAAUUAUAUUCAUUGGUCAAUAAUCCAAAACAAGCAAUAAAAUUGACCACAUAAAAUAAUACAAAAAAAUUGACCACAUACCUACAUUUAUUGGGGUACUGCUGUUUGCCUCCUUUAUGUUGUUUUCAGUUUAGUUUGCCUUUUGGACAUUAAUUAUAUCCUGAUUGCAUUUUUUAAUUGCAUUUAAUGACUUGCACUGUGGUAGAGAUGCAAAAGGGCAUAAUAUUAGGAGUUACAAAAUAGAAUGAAUUAAAUUCUUUGCAUUUAGAGUAGAUUUUUGCUAAUGAAUGUUAGCCAGGAAUGUAAUGUGUGUUGUGCAAAUGAAGUUGGCUUAUUGAACAGAAACUCUUGAAUUUUAAUUGAAAACAAACAUUCUAAAAUAUUAUCUAAAUUUAAAAAAAAUACCAACUCAAUCACAGAGAAUACUAUUGCAAAUGUCCAAGUCUGGAUGAUUUGUCCAGUAGAAACUUAAGUUUCUAUAUCUAUCAUAUGUGUGGAAUGUCAACUCUAUUAGUUAUAGGAGGAAUGUUAACUUCUGUUAAUUUAUGUAAAUGGUAGACAUACAAAUUUUUAUGUAGUUUGUAAGAUUGCCAUAACUUAGUUAUUUUUGCGUUUAACAAAGCUAAAGCUUAUUUUUAGGUUGUGAUUGUCAACUUCUGUACAAAAUAAUUUUAAUGAGAAUUAUCACUUUUGUUUAGUUUCCUGUGUAUUACCUCGCAGUUAUAUUUGAUUUGUCUUCCUCUUGUUUCUUCCAUUCCACUAGGUAAUAUUGAAAUAAUUCUUCCUCUUCUUGAAUUUCCAUCUAAGUGCCUUGUUUAUACACCAACAAGGUGAUAAAAUAUUUUAUCAACACUCAAUAAGGUGUCAUUGCUGUCUUCUUAAUGAGAAUUAAUUUUUGUUAUUAGAAGAAUUGAUACAACUUUUAUAAAUUUACUUAAUUUCUUUAUUGAAAAGUGUAAAUGUUUGUUGUAAAGUAUCAAUCUCGUAACUACUUUUGUUUUGCUUAAAAAUCAUGUAUAUUUUCCAAUUUCAUUUUUUUCUCUGAAUCGAAGACAGAAUGACUGAUAAGAGAAUGAUAAGUAGUUGCAGUAGAAUUGAAUAAUUAAUUUGGAAUUGAAAUUUACCUUGUUAUAUGGAAAUGAAACUCAUUGUGACAAGAUAUCAUUAAUGUAUGUUUGUGACUUUAGAGUUGAAAUACAUUUAUUGAAUUUUGUAUGAUUCACUUAAUCAAACUGUGCAACACAGUGCCAGACAUUAUGAACAGUGUUUUAAGGAAGAGCUGUUUCCUGUCUUUUUAUGAAUACUAUUUCAAAGUUUGUUAGUCAAUUAUGUUACUAAUAUAUUAAGUCUGUUUGUAAAGAUGUACACAUUUUUCACUAGUGUUUGCAAAUUCAUAUUAGUAUUUAAUAUAGAUAUUUAUCGUGUUCUACAUUGAUAUUUUUAUAUCAUGAAAAUGUUGUAUUGUCUGUCCUUGGAAGAGUUUUGCAACUAUUUGCAAAAGGAUUUGGCACAGGAAACUAUUCUUCUGAAUUUUGUUUUUAAUAUGAUGUUAAUUCUAGUUAUGAAAGUAGUUAAAUGUUUUUUAAAACUGAAGAAGAGUGAUGUAACAUAAACAAAGUAUUGCUUUGGAGAAUUGCUAUGCUAUAUUGAAAAUCAAUGAUUCACAUGUUUUUCAGUUUACUUAAAAAAUUAAAUAGAGCACUGCUUGUCAAAUCUAUUAAUACUUUAAUUCCUGUAAUGUUUAUAUACCCAGAACAUAAAAAUUUGUGGAAACUUUUAAACAAUGUGCAAGUUGAAAAUUUAUUAAAAUAGUUUAGUCCCUAACAAGUAAACAUAAAAAACAUCUGCAUUGGUAUUGUCUUUUUAAACAGCAAUGGUGCACUUUUAGUAUGUUAAAUUAGUGUGUGGAAGUAGACACUAUGGUGCAAAGGGCUUGAAGGAUUUGACUUUAGCUAUUAUAAAUGUUAAAUUUGUCUAUAAAUUUAAAUAUCAUUGUUAACACAAAGCUUAUUAGCCUUUUUUGCAAGUGGUUAUGCAACAAAUAGGAAAUAACUGCCCAAUUGUGUAUUGCUUAGUUUUGGAAAUGGCCAAUAAUUUGAUUUAAAAAUAACAGUGAAUCCAAAAUGUUCUUAUGGCUUGGAAUGAUUUGAGAUCUAAAAUGUUCUCAUGACUUCCAUGUGUCAAGAUCUAAAUUUUAAUGAAAUGGAAAGAUUUUUUUCAUGAUUAGGAUAUGUGCAUGUCUUGGCCUUUAAGUUGGAAGUUUUCACAUUAAAUAUAAUUUUAAAAUAAAAUGAAUGUUUAAUUUAAUGCUACCAUUACGAAAUAGCAUACGGAGAACUGUUCUGUGCGUAAGGAUCUUAUACUUCAUAAGUUGCUUUCAGGGAAGAAGUGAGAACAGGGUUACCAGAGAUCUUGUUGCAAAAUAAGGACAUUUGCCAAAAUUAAUGACAUUUUUUUAUAAUGACUUACAGGCCUUAUACUAGUACAGGAGAGAGAUAAAUUUAUAUGAUAAAACCGCACUGUAUGGUAAAUUACAUGGUAACAUUAUUAUUAAGGAUUCUUUUUGUGUGUCAAUGUUCCCCAAACAAAUACUGUGAAGCUUUAUUAUGCUACGUAAAUUUUUCCAGUCCCGACCAAAAGCCAAUACACAGUCUUCUACUUUUUAGUGUUUUCCUCUAAACAGAGUUCAGAAUUCAUUGCCCCUUAAAAAUGUUAUGUAGAGGUUUCACUGUAUAAGAAUAAGACAUUCUUAUUGUUCUUGUAGUUAGAAACUCUUGAGUUUCACUCUUUUAUCGCUUUCUUCUUACAAUUUUAUUUUUUUUUGAAUAUAUUUUAUAUUAAAA